AUGUGUUUCACGGAGUUCAUCGGCUACACCUGCGGCCACACCGCCACGGACGUUCUUCGUGUCUGCCCCUUGACCACCCGCUACAAUACGAACCCCAUCUGCACUCACCACGGCCGCCGUCCGGUUCUCGCCCAGGCGAUGUGCCCAUCUUGUCAACGAAUCUUGCACGGUCGAGCCGUGCUGAUCCUGGAGUGGGAGCACCACUGGAUGCACGAGCGUGGAGUGUGCGGCUGUCCCGUCGUCUUUCCUGACCUGGUUCGGCCUCGCAUUGUGGGCCGUGGUCAACCUUACUACGCAAGCCCGAGCGAGCCCGACUCGGACGACACCAAGAUUGUCGCCAAGCGCAGGGGAAAGGGAAGGAGGGGCAAGAGCAGCGGCAAAUGGGGGAGAAAGAAUACCAAGAAAGACCAAGCUAACCAUGGCCGCAUCACAGCUGGAACUGCCCCAGGAGAGGAGGAAGACAAGUCAACACCUGGCUCAUCGAAGAAGGCGCACGAAAGGGCCGAGCCUGGUGGAGUUUCUGUCCAGAUCUCCUCAUUCUUUGCUGUUGAGUGGGUUGCUGAGCAUCGCCGGUUGCACAAUGAAGGCGCCUGCCACUGUCCAGCCGACUUCUCCUUCUACCAGACUCCUGAUACCUAUGAAUCGGAUGCCCUGUCUGCAAAGGACAACCCAGUGGUUCCUGGCCGUAACGGAUCCAACGAGUGGUACGACUACACCGGCCUAGGUGUCCAGGUGUCCUCCUCUGGACCCCAAGUGCACCAGGGACACGACGCCUCUCAGCAGGGUACUUCAAGCGAUACCCAGUUGCAGGUGUACCAGCCUUCCAUCCUUGCUCCACAGGGAGCUCAGGUUCGAGAUGGCCAGCCCGCACGCUCCCCAGGCGCAAUCUACCAAGUCGACCCAGCCCACUCCAUGAACCCCCUCUACAACUACGUCUGCACCGAGGGCGGCGAGUUCAACCAAACCGUCGACAUCCAGCCCGUCGAGUACCCCAAGCCCGACAAUGCCCCACUCCCCCUCGUGGGCCUGCCCAUCGGCGCCGGACCAGAGGGCCCUCCGGCCCUGUGCCACGUCGGCGCGUUCGAAGACUGUGUGCUCCGCCGCCCUCGAGUCCCCGCGUCUAGGGUCUACACGAGCGAGGGCGUCGUUGCGAUGCUGCUGGUCGAGGCCAACGAUACGCGCGCCACCAGACUGGCGCGUCUCCUGCGCAAGAGCGCCUCGAUCGGGUGUAUUGCUGAGGUGGAGGCCGCUGAGCGUGGCCGCCACCCUGCGGGCGAGCGUCCAGGAUGGGAUAAUGGAAAUGCCUGGAGUGAGGCUGACGAGUGCCAGCGUUGGGAUCCUUUGGUUGCUGACGAGUGA